AUGUUCGGCAACACGGCAACCACGUCUUCCGCCGCCUCGGGGGGCGGGGGCGGCGGCCUCUUCGGUUCAACUUCCAGUCCCUUUGCUUCUUCUUCGUCAUCUCUGUUUGGGGGGUCCUCUGGAACCUCGAAGCCCGGGGGGCUCUUCGGCGCAGCCCCAGCAGGUUCGGGGACAGCGACACCGAGCCUCUUUGGAGGCACGACGGGGGGAGCUUCGCUCUUUGGGGCUGCCUCGACUUCGAUUGUUUCUUCGGGCCAGACCCUGUCGUCACCGAGCACCGGCAGUGGACUCUUCGGCUCAGCCUCCGCAGCGAAACCGUCGCUAUUUGGAAGCACCGUGCCUGCCUCUACAGCAAGUGCACAGGCAGCUUCCACUGGAACCGCGUCAGGCUCGGGAAGCGCCCUCUUUGGGGCUUUGGCAAAGCCUGCUGGGGCCGACGCCACUGGAGCCCCCGCUGGCGGGCUGUUUGGGUCUUCGACUGGAGCCCAAGGCACCGGGGGCGCCGCGGCAGCCACCACCGCACCCGCCGCAGGGACAGGCCUCUUCGGGGCGACGUCGAGUGCCUCGCAGCCGUCGACCGCGGGGACAGGCCUGUUUGGGGCGACGUCGAGUGCCUCGCAGCCGUCGACCGCGGGGACAGGUCUGUUUGGGGCGGCGUCGAGCUCCUCGCAGCCGUCGACCGCGGGGACAGGUCUGUUUGGGGCGGCGUCGAGCUCCUCGCAGCCGUCGACCGCGGGGACAGGUCUGUUUGGGGCGGCGUCGAGCUCCUCGCAGCCGUCGACCGCGGGGACAGGUCUGUUUGGGGCGGCGUCGAGUGCCUCGCAGCCGUCGACCGCGGGGACAGGCCUGUUUGGGGCGGCGUCGAGUGCCUCGCAGCCGUCGACCGCGGGGACAGGCCUGUUUGGGGCGGCGUCGAGUGCCUCGCAGCCGUCGACCGCGGGGACAGGCCUGUUUGGGGCGGCGUCGAGUGCCUCGCAGCCGUCGACCGCGGGGACAGGUCUCUUCGGGGCGGUGGCAGGCUCCUCGCAGCCGUCGACCGCGGGGACAGGCCUCUUUGGGGCGAAGCCUGCAGCUGAUGGGGCUGGAGCGCAUACGGCAGAGAAGCAGGCGACCGCAAAGGGCACAGAAGCACCGGCGGCGUCUGCAGCCCCUGCUGAAGGGACAAAGGCGACUGGGGGCGCGACUGGGCUCCUGGGUUCCUCGUCGCUGUUCGGUGACACAAAGGCCGCCAGUGCGGCCUCAAGCACUGGGGCGACGACUUCGCUUUUCGGGGCUGCUGCAGCGCCAGCCGCCGGUGGUGCGACAGGCACAAAGCCGGCAGGAGACAGUGCCUCUUCUUCCUCGGUCUCUGCGCCUUUUGGAGCGGGGCUCGGCGCGUCUUCGACUGCGAAUUCGGGGAGCUCUGGAAACGCAGCGGCUGGAGGUCUUUUCGGGGCGGCGGCCGCGGGCUCGGCGAAGGCACCUGAAAAGCUCCAGGGGGCCUCGGGACCCGCUGGAGCCACAGCGAGCGGUGCCACCACCGCGGAGACUUUGCCGCCGCCUCAGCAAGUCGCGCUGGAGACACUGCAGCACGAGCGGGUGGAAGAAGUUCUGGCCAAGUGGGAGAAGAGACUGCAGCGCCGCGUGCGGCGGUUCAACGAGGUUGCCGAGGAAGUGGGGAGUGUAGAGAAGGCGAUGAUUGAAGAGAGCAAGAAACUCCAUGCUUUGCGGGAAGAACAGAUCAAGAUUGAGAAGCGCCAGACCUACAUCUGCGACUUCAUCGAUGGGCUUGAGCGCCAGCAAAGGGAUCUUUUGACGUUGCUGGCCUCCGUGGAAGCUUCGGUUCUUCGGCAGAUUCCCCAAGACAAUGGCGACCCGACCGGGGCUGCAGGAGGGGACGCUCUAGCGCAGCGUGUGCAGAGAGAAUGGGAAGCGGAGAGCGGGUUUCACUCUUCUUCUGAAGAAGAGCUCUUGUCUAGAAGGUUGCGAAACAUCGACGAGCAACUAAACGACGUAGGCCUCGCUCUUUCUGAAGCAACCGAGAGAUUCCAGCCGGGCCCUCUGGGUACUGUCGCGCAGGUGCUGGGCAUUCACCAGGCUGCGCUCCAGGCUUCGUGGCGCCAAGCCAGUGAGCUGCAGCAGCGAAUGGACGCUCUUCAGCGGCUUACAUCGGAUGCGAAACAUGGUGAAUGAGAAAGGUUCAGCAAAGCUAGCGUCACAGGAGGUCGACGGAUGUGGGGGGACAUGGCGAGCAAAGUGACUGGGAUCUUCUCUCUGUGCGCGCGUCGUAUCUUUUGUAUUCCUUGUCGUCGUGGGUCUUUGACCCGCUUCGUUUCGCGCUCGUUUUGUGUCUUUCUCCCAUCGGGCGUUCAGUACGUUUUCCGUCUUGAUG